GGAUCUCAGUCACCUCUCACCAUGAAAAGUUUUGCUCUUCUUUUCCUAGUAGUGAUCUGUAGCACGGGAGGACUGGGACAGAAGUUGAAGCCAAAGAAAAGAAGCAAUGGUGAAGUAAUCAAUUUUCGGACUAAAACCAAAGAUGUCUGCACAAUGACCAUGAAUGGGGAUGAGGAGAUGAAACUUAGAAUUGAAUGCAAAAGCCAAGGCAUGACCUACUGGUGUGAAUUCACUGGCAAGCCAUCAGUCUGUCGUGCUUUCAUAAACAACCCAAAGAUUUACUGGAACCAGAUCGCCAUGGAACUUAGAAAGCUCCCACACGCCUGUGAAUCCACACAGGUGUUGAAGAUCACCAUGUGCCAGAAGGCUCCCUCAGCAGCUCUCAUGAAGCAAAUAGCUGCUGGUAUGGAACCAGGAGAUGCAGCAAACCAGGUCAAAUCAGCCCAGAGAACUUCCACUUCUGGAAGGGGAGCAGGGAAAAGCUCUAUUAAGAAAAUACUAAAACCUCCAAUACUACCACUUAUAAAACCAACCCAACAUAGUCAAGGGUCUGAAAAUGAAACAGAAGCAAUGAAGCUGGCCCGGGAACAUUGCUGGGAAUCCCUGCAUGGUUUCUGCUCCUACAUUAUUGGACUCUUCAGAGGUUAAGGGUUCACUUCAGGUAAAACUCCCACCUUGAAGCACAGCAGAAUACACCUAAGCAUAAUCCUGUUGUAAUUUUGUUUUAUUUUGAUCCCGGGGGUCUUUCAGGGCUGUGGAGGGAGGUUCUAGGCUCAUUUACUGAAAUCUAACAUGGCAAAGCCUGUACUGUGGUUUCUGAGGGGCUGGAGAACUUAAACUUCAGUGAUGGUUGCUACUUAAGGACUACCUCACAGCCUCCUGUGAGGUUUUCAGUGUGUACUGAGAUGUUUGUUCUAUGUAUUAUUAAUUCUAUGGUAUUUCAGUUCUACCUGUUUAAAUUGGGCUUGUUUUCUGCCUUCUGUUACUCCUUCCCUCUUGUGCUUUCAUAUUUAAGCCAGUGAAGUAAGCCAAAUAACAAAUGCAUCAGCUAGAACAAUUUAAACCUACAUUCAGAAAUUCAGAGGAUAAAGCUUGUUCAUCACAAUGGCUAGUUAAUUAUUAACAAUUUUCACUUUAAGAAGUAGUUCAUAAGCAACUAAAAGAAAUGAGUAAAACCAAAUGGACUGUCUUGGUUUGUGAGUCUGCAAGUUUCUGUGGAGACAAUAGGGGAUUGCAUGCAGAUGCUUGUCUGGCACUUCUCAGGUUUUCAGCCAGGAUUUAAAAAGGCAAAGCCCUCGCAGAACUGGUUGGGUUUAUAUCCACUUCCAUUUCAGCUCAGGAG